UUUUGCACUAUCGUACUAAAAUAUCCCUACAAGCAAUGGCUCCUUUCAUGCAUAGCUUCCGGUUGACUAUGCUUCUUCUAGGAUUAUCAUUGCCUAGCUUUCAUGUGAACCCGGCAGCUGCAUUCCGCCGCACUUCUCUCCUUUUCGGGCUGCCGACGCCAGGAUUGCCACCGGUGCCCUCCGCCAUAACUCCCACCCCUCCACCCUCGUCCCCGUCACCUCCUGGAGUGCCAUCAAUACCUCCACCUCCCAUAACUCCAUCAGCGCCUUCACCACCGAUGUCACAAUCGCCAACUCCUCCCAUAACUCCAUCAGUGCCUUCACCGCCGAAGUCACAAUCGCCGCCUCCUUCCAUAAUUUCACAAGGGCCUUCAACGCCGAUGACAAAAUCGCCUCCUUCAACAAUUUCACCAAUUUCUUCAACGCCGGUGUUAAAAUCGCCUCCUUCCAGCGCUCCAUCAGUGCCUACAUCUCCUACCGCAGGCACACCAGUGCCUAUAUGGCUUUUGGUGCCGCCACUUCCUGGCGAUUCAAUUCCACCUCCAGCUAAUCCCUGAACCCCAAUCUAUAGUUCUUUCCGAUUGCACAGUUUCUAAAUCCUUUGGUCAUUUUAUAUUAAUGCUCCUAUAGGAAUAAUAAAUCUGAAUGUGCUUAUUUGAACAAUUAAGUAACUAUGCUCCUCUUUUUCUUUUUAAAUUUCAAGUUCUUUUUCACGUAUUUUAUUGUCAUCUCCUCCACGCGUGCUGUAUACUUGGAGUAUCUUAAUAGUGAAUAAAGUUUGGUUUUUUCUGCAUA